AUGUUUGCGCCAGUCUUCACUGCGGCAACGCUCGCGAUGGUCUGUAACAACUCUCUCUGGUCGCGCUGCCUCGCAAUGAUUCAGGAGAUCGACGACGAGCACCAUCAUCCUGCUGCGCCCCUGCAAAUUGGCCAAUGGGCCUCACGCUCCAUCCUGGAGCUCGUGGGAAUCGGCAUCCUCGGUCAGAGCAGCGGAUGGCUGGCGUGGUAUCCCGAUCUCGCCGAAACCUUCACCCGCCGGCACGCAAACGGCCAGCAUGCAAAGGCCAUCCUCUUCCCUCGUCCCGUCCGCUCACUCCUCAUGCCGACGCUAUUCGGGCGCAGGGAGCUCUCGGAUCUUGCCUAUCUGGAAUCCGUUGCGAGGGAUUUGGUGCAGACGGCGACGGCGAAACAAGAACAAGAGCUGGGCCAACGUGCUCCAAACUCCAACAGCAACUCUCCUCCGAACCUCAUCAGGGCUAUGCUCAAUGACGGCAAUCCCAGUCUGAAUCUCUCAGGAAGAAAUCCUAGGCCACGUCUCUGUUUUUCUCGCCGGGGGCUCCGAGACGACCUCUGCGACCUUCCAGUGGCUCAUCAUCGAGCUCUGCAGACAUCCAGCGGUGCAGACGCGGCUUUGAAACGAGGUUCGCGCGCGCUGGCCGACCCUCUCACCACAACAUACGAAAGACAACGAUGA